AUCGCUGGUCUGUUUUGUAGUCGGCGACCAGAUCACAACAAUCGACCAUGCCGUCUCACAAAAUUUAGGACAUCCGACUGAUCGUUGGAUUUAUUCGGUCCUCUAAAUCAGGUUUUCCUCGUUACACGCGAGACAUAACUUGUAGGUGUGGGCAGACAGAUGUCUGCUUUCAAACUAGGGAUUGUCCGGCUUGGUCGGGCGGCAGGAAAGAUGAAAUACUCGCUGCUAGAUGAGCAAGACAUCUCUCUUGUUGAACGCUAUGCAUUUGAGGCUCGGGUUGAUGUAUGCAAGGACGGGAAUGGUGCUAGUGUCUUUGCCUACACCUAUGACAUCCAGAAGGGACGUAAUUCUGGCUGCUACCUCCAUGAUCUUCUUUGGGAGAGGCAUCACGGACUGAUUCCAGCAGGACUUAGGGUUAAGCACAAGAAUGGGGUGUCAGUAGAUAAUCGCUUAGACAACCUUCAACUCACUGCCGUCAAUCCGUCUUCAAAUUCCUCAUCAGCUGACUCGCCCAGGGUCUUACAAGGUGCUGAGCUGCAGGAACACAGCCUUUAUUGGAUAGCAAUACAACAACUUCCAACAGAUUCUUUCGAAGAGGUUCCUUCUGUGUUGCACCAUUAUUACAAUGCCAAUGGUGAGAUUAUCGAGGGUGAAGAUGAGAGCACCACGUACUACGAAUGCCACUACCCACCCUGUACAAAAAUAGAAUCAGAGCUGCGGGAAUUCAGCAUCUGUGGUCGCUGUCAAGAGGUGCGUUACUGUGGCACAACUUGCCAACAAAGAGACUGGUCCCUUCAUAAGAAACGCUGCAGGGAACGGAAGAAAUCCAAACCCUAUGAGCGACCACCUGAUCGCUAAUGACAAGCAUUGCACAGAGAUGUAUUAUAUAUAUAUAUAAAAUGUCCCCACUGAUGUCAAAUUUGCAAGUUGGUUUUCUUUUGGAAGGAGUUUAGAAGUUGGUCAUACAGGGUCCUGACAUGCUUGACAGUAAGUCGGAAGUGUGGAAUCAAAGAUUUAUUUAAAUCCUGUAGCAUUAAACAAAACAUAUGCCCGUUAUUGAAAUUGUUUGAAACCGUGUCAAAGAAAUUGCAGAAGUGUGACAUGGCAGCUGUUGUUGAUAUUGAAUUUCACUUGGCAUGAAGAUUGAGUCCAGCUGGUUUGGAGUCAGACAGCUAUCUGGCAAUUCAUGUAUUUAACAAUAGUGAUCCUCAGUGCAACAGCUCGGUGAGUUCCAAGAGGUCUCUGGUGGGGGGGCAUUUUGGACCUCAAAGUUUUGCUCAAUUAGUCCCUGACUUUAAUGGUCAGGUGUAUCACAUUACCUGUCUGUGCUCUUGAUGACACUGUCAUACAUAUACAUGUCGGCGGAAAUGCAUGGUAUUACAGUUUUACAGGCUAUUUUGUAUGUAAAAACAAACGGUGGUCAGCAUAUUUUGCGCUCAGAAUUACAUUACAUUUUCCCGAAACAUUGCUUGUUCCACUGAAAUCAGAUGUUUUAUUGCCCGCAAUACAUAAACAAAUUGAUCCAGAUCCCUUUGGAAAAUAUUACCUUUAUUGGACAAAAUUAAGCCAAGUUUGAAUACAUUUGUAUGGUAAGAGCACCAUCACUGCCUGUAAGUAUUGUAUAUAGAUACAUCUUUAUUGAGUGCUUCACAUUCUUAGAGUCGUUGAAUUGUCAGUGUUAAUCCCACAUCCGUCAAAAUCCACCAGAACUGAGAAGGCUAGAUUUCAGACUUAGUCUACAAGAGGUUUCAUGUCCGUUGAAAGGAAAGCUGAGUUCGGAAGAUUCAAGAAGAUUCUUUGUAAAAAAUGUCUUUCAGCAGUUGUUUGUUUUUUUUCAGACAUCAUGGCAGAUACUCAGACAUUCUGUAGCUUUUUGCUACUCUUUUGGAGUCAAAUAUUUUUCAUGAUGAUCUUCAGGAAUGCUCAUGUAUGUGAUCAUGAAGACAUCAUGAUUUCAGGAAUGCUCUCGUAUGUGAUCAUGCAGACAUCGUGAUUUUCAGGAAUGUUCUUGUAUGUGAUCAUGAACACAGUUUACUUUGGAUUGCUUGUCACUGUCAGAUAAAUAUCAAAACCUGCUCAGGAUAAGGGUUAUCAGAAUCAUACUGCAGAAUAAUUCUAAAGACACUUAGGAAUAUGUUUUGGACACACGUCUUUAUUUAAAUACUGGAGCAGUUAGUUUAGUUUAGUUAAUCCAGUCAACACAUUUCCUAUGUGCACUAUAUUUCUAACAGUCCAGAACAACCACUUAACUGAUUUUGAUGGAUGAGACACAUUCUUUCACAUUUGCAUUGGAGGGUUAAACAUGAUUUCGUGGUCGAACUAAAUGUGCUGAUAAAUAUCGUGCAAAGUUUCGAGAAAGAAACUUGGCAUUUUCAUACUUGAGAUGGUGUAUUUGCUGGCACGCAUCAUCUCUCUUGGGUCAGUGUGUAUUCGAGACUUCCUUUGAUAAAAGGUCUGGCAUUUGGGUAAUACUGUAAAAAUUGUAAAUAGAACAGUAAGAGUGUUGGAAUGCAUCUUGUGAAUGAAUCACUGAGUUAUUGAGAACAGGUGAAUAAAAACUAAUUUCAGGAUUUAUACA